CUCUCGACUGCCCCUCUACCCAGUCCUCAUCCCACGCCAACGUACCUCGCCAAAAGAAAAACUGACUAGAAGCGUCAAGGAUGCACUUCUUUUUCAAGCUUGCCGGCGUUCUCCUCGUCGCGUUCGCCUUCAUGGCUGUCGGCGUUGGCGCAUCGCCUGCCAUAACCGAUCUCAAGAAGCUUGGUGGCAACGGCUUUGGUGGCGACAAAGGUUUAAAGAACAUGAAGAACUUUGGACCCCCUUAUCAAAACUAUGCCUACGGAAUAGUGCUCUAUUCUUACACAGACUUCUACAACCGCCGUACUCAUACCAAUGUCGGUUGCUGCAGGAAAGGCAGUCCACUUGACUCGAACCAGCAAUUUCGGUCCGGCUACACCUGCUCUGAUAUCCAGCAGGGCGGGUACCAGUACUGUGGAUAUCAAGUUAGCGAAUACUCGGAUAGCUCUCGAAUGCUUUUCGUUGAUGCGUGCACAGAGGGUUCAGAUCUCUACCCGAGUGAUGGCGUAUAUGCCAAGGACUACUGCCAAUCCUUGAUCGGUGUGCCCAUAUCGGGCAGCCCCUCCAGCCUCGGUUCAAAGUCGUCCCCCAACAAGGUUCCCGGUGGCACAUCCCAUUAAAAGCCGAAGGGAGAGUGCAGGGUCGACCUCGCUCAGAUACGAGCAUCACGGCCAGCGCUUUCCUCGGCGGGAGACAAGCGAAGCGACGGCAUCGAGUCCCUCAUACAAGAACGCUCUUCUCUCACACCCCCAUCAUCCAGCCACCGAACGCCCUCGUUUCUUCUCAGCCUUUUCAUAUAGCUUCCCAAAUAUCUUCUCACAAAGACGAAACCUUGUUUCUACUUAAGUCUCACCUUUGAGUCUUCCCCCAUAAUCCCUCGAAG